AUGGCGCCGGCGACAUUGUUCCCUGGAGUUGCGGUGGUUACUGGUGCUGGCGGUGUCGGCAUUGGGGCACAUGUUGCUGUUGCACUUGCAGCCGAAGGCUGCUCAAGGAUAGCCAUCACAGAUCUCCGAGGCGAUUUGCUGGAGCAGACGGUCCAAAAGAUCAAGGCCACAAAGCCAGGCGUCGAGGUGUUUUCUGAGUCAGGCGACAUCACAAAUGCCGACUUCGUCAGCUCCUUCAUGAAGAAAGUUGUGGAGAGAUUCGGCAGGAUCGACUACGGAGUCAACUGUGCCGGAAUCCUGGGCAAGGACGAGAGAUCCGACGAGAUGGACCUGGCCUCGUUUGAUGCCGUCAACAAUGUGAAUUAUCGUGGCUGCUGGCUCUCGUCGAGAGCCGAACUGCAAGCCAUGUUAAAGCAAGAACCGUUACCCGGUGCAAGCCCAUCUCGACCGGCCCAGCGAGGCGCCAUCGUCAACAUUGCCAGCCAGCUUGGAAUCGUGGGUCGCCCGCAAGCACCGGCGUAUUGCGCCUCCAAGUCGGCAGUGAUAGGGAUGACGAGGGCAGACGCAAUCGACUACUCCAAGGACGACAUCAGGAUCAACUGUGUCUGUCCCGGCGUGAUCAAAACCGCCAUGACCACAGGGACAGAAGAGGUCACCGAAAGACUCGCUCCCGCGGUCAGAAUAGCUCCUAUGCAGCGGAUGGGUCUACCAGAAGAAGUGGCUGAUGCAGUGCUCUUCUUGUGCUCUCCAAAAGCAUCGUUUGUGCAAGGCCACGCCAUGGUAGUCGACGGUGGCUACACCAUCAACUAG